UUGUUUUUCCCCAACCGCUUCCUGGGAAAUGGGAAAAGUUACUAGCUGGUACCCAGGGUGGCGUUUCGCUUUGCUCGCCGCUCGGAUCUGGCUUUUGAUCCUUACUUUUGGCUUUAUCGGAGCAGACAUCACUUGCCGAUCGUGCCGCUGGCAGGUGCGGCUACAGCCGCAGCCACCAGCCCGAGGAUUAUUAAUGAACUUGAGGCCGGCACAAGGAGGCGAUGAGGCCGGAGAGAUACCUGUGGAUAAAAGAGGUGAGAAGCCCGCGGAUCGCAACCGAGAAGCGGCGGAUGCCGGGAGUCCGAUCUCGGCUGCUUCUGCCGGGGAGCAACGUGUCGGGAUGGGAUCAAAGGGUUGGAUGGGAUCGAGCAAAGGGACCGGCGAGCUCCCAGAAUUUCCCCCGAUCCGACUCAGACUAUCUCCUCCGGAUGUUGACAGGCCCACCCGCAAAAAGUUAGCCUCGGCUCCCGCUCUGUUUCCAGCAGGGAGUGCAGGGCGUCGGGGGACCAGUUUGGAGACCGGCCGGAGAUCCGGAUCGGCGCUCCUGAGCCGGCGGAGAAAAAAUAACCGGAACGAUCGGAGGAGGCGGUCGAGUCGGAAACCCAGAGGAGCUCCGGCUGAAAGAGACGCGCAGCUGGAGAGCAGGGCACGGGCAGCGCCGGAGCAGCUGCUGGCAAAAGCCACGCGCUUCCGACAGGAAGAGCUCAAAUUGACAAGUACGACCUUUGCUCUCACUGGAGAUUCGGCGCAUAACCAAGCCAUGGUGCACUGGUCGGGCCACAACAGCAGUGUGAUUUUAAUUCUGACAAAGUUGUAUGACUACAACCUGGGAAGUAUCACAGAGAGCUCAUUGUGGAGUCUUACGACAGUCAUAAGUCACAUUUUUCAGUGUGGUUAUAAUAAAAAAAAAAUUAUGUUGCUUACGGAUCCUGAGAUUGAGAGCAGCCUGCUGAUCAGUUCUGAUGAAGGAGCCACCUAUCAAAAAUACCGGUUGAACUUCUACAUCCAUAGCAUGCUCUUUCAUCCCAAGCAGGAGGACUGGAUUUUGGCGUACAGUCAGGAUCAGAAGUUGUACAGUUCAGUUGAAUUUGGAAGAAGAUGGCUACUUCUACAAGAAUCCAUAACCCCAAAUAGAUUCUACUGGUCUAAAAUGGGUACUAGCAAAGAUCCAGACAUAGUCCACAUGGAGACAAAAACACUGGAUGGCCAUGCACAGUACAUCACCUGUAGGAUGCAGAACUGCUCUGAAGCUGUAAGAAGCAAACCUUUCCCUGGAUACAUUGAUUCCGACUCUCUCAUUGUUCAAGAUGAUUAUGUAUUUGUUCAGCUGACAUCUGGAGGUCGGCCACAUUACUACGUGUCUUACCGCAGAAAUACUUUUGCACAGAUGAAACUUCCUAAAUAUGCUUUGCCAAAGGACAUGCAUCUUAUCAGCACUGAUGAGAAUCAAGUGUUUGCUGCAGUUCAGGAAUGGAACCAGAAUGAUACAUACAACCUUUAUAUCUCUGAUACCCAGGGGAUUUACUUUACCCUGGCUUUAGAAAAUGUCAAAAGUAGUCGAGACCUAGAAGGCAAUGUGAUGAUAGACCUGUAUGAGGUAGCAGGGAUAAAGGGAAUGUUCUUGGCUAACAAGAAGAUUGACAACCAAGUAAAAACUUUCAUCACCUACAACAAAGGCCGAGACUGGCAUUUGCUGCAGGCCCCGGACACAGAUCUGAGAGGGAACCCAGUUCAUUGCCUACUACCAUAUUGCUCCCUUCAUCUCCACCUGAAGGUUUCAGAGAAUCCUUACACUUCUGGUAAUAUUGCCAGUCGCGAUACAGCUCCAGGUAUCAUCGUAGCCUCUGGUAACAUUGGAUCAGAGUUGUCAGAAAAUGAUAUCAGCAUGUUUGUUUCGUCUGAUGCUGGAAACACUUGGAGACAAAUCUUUGAAGAUGAACACAGCGUCCUUUAUCUGGACCAAGGUGGGGUUUUGGUUGCUAUGAAACAUACAUCUCUGCCUAUCAGACAUCUCUGGUUAAGUUUUGAUGAAGGAAGAUCUUGGAGCAAGUACAGUUUCACCUCCAUCCCGCUUUUUGUUGAUGGGGUUUUGGGAGAGCCUGGAGAAGAGACUUUAAUAAUGACUGUUUUUGGACACUUCAGCCAUCGUUCUGAGUGGCAGUUGGUAAAAGUGGAUUACAAGUCCAUUUUUGAUAGACGCUGUGCAGAAGAUGAUUAUCGACCCUGGCAGCUUCACAGCCAGGGAGAAGCAUGCAUCAUGGGAGCCAAAAGGACUUACAAGAAGCGUAAGUCAGAAAAGAAAUGCAUGCAAGGCAAGUACGCUGGAGCCAUGUCCUCUGAGCCAUGUGUCUGCACAGAAGCAGACUUUGACUGUGAUUAUGGGUUUGAGCGCCACAGCAAUGGCCAGUGUUUGCCAGCUUUUUGGUAUAACCCAUCAUCUUUGUCAAAAGAAUGCAGUCUUGGUCAAAGUUAUCUCAACAGCACUGGGUACAGAAAGGUCGUGUCUAAUAACUGCACAGACGGUGUGCGUGAGCAGUACACAGCCAAGCCACAGCAGUGUCCUGGCAAAGCCCCGCGAGGACUUCGGGUUGUCACAUCAGAUGGCACACUGACAUCAGAACAAGGGCAUAAUGUUACCUUCAUGGUACAGCUGGAAGAGGGUGACAUUCAAAGAUCAAUAAUCCAUGUGGAUUUUGGAGAUGGUAGUGCUGUGUCAUAUGCCAAUCUCAGCUCAACAGAAGAUGGAAUCAGGCACAUCUAUCAGAAUGUUGGCAUCUUCCGUGUAACUGCACAGAUCAAAAACAGCCUGGGGACUGACACUGCAGUUCUGUAUUUGCAUGUAAAUUGUCCUUUAGAGCAUGUCCAUUUGUCACUUCCAUUUGUAACAACAAAGAACAAAGAAGUUAAUGCCACAGCAAUAUUGUGGCCCAGUCAAGUUGGAACCUUAACAUAUAUUUGGUGGUUUGGAAACAACACUGAGCCAUUAAUUACUCUAGAAGGGAGUAUCACAUUUACUUUCUCUACAGAAGGUAUGAACAUAAUCACAGUACAAGUUUCUGCAGGAAAUACAAUUCUGCAAGACACCAAGAUGAUUGCAGUAUAUGAGCAUUUUCAGUCUUUACGCAUUUCGUUUUCUCCAAAUCUGGAUGACUAUAAUCCAGAUAUUCCUGAAUGGAGACGGGACAUUAGUCAUGUCAUCAAAGCCGUUCUAGUUGAGGCAACCAUAAUUUCUAGUGAACAUAUUUUGGUAGCAAUCCUUCCAGGAUUACCCACCUCAGCUGAACUCUUUAUUUUGCCCUAUAAGAAUACCAAUGGAGAAAGUAAAGAAACAGCUGAAGAUCUGCAACAGAUUUCAGAAAUAUUGGUCCAGAAAUUAAACCAAAAUGCCAUUCAGUUCAACUUAAAACCUGGAGUUAGAAUCCUUGUUCAUGCGGCUCAUUUAACAGCAGCUCCACUCAUAGAUGUCACGCCUAGCCAUAGUGGUUCAGCCAUGCUAAUGUUGCUGUCUGUAGUAUUUGUGGGAUUGGCAGUAUUUGUAAUCUACAAAUUCAAAAGGAAGAUUCCGGGCAUUAAUGUUUAUGCACAGAUGCAGAAUGAGAAAGAUCAAGAGAUGGUCAGUCCAGGCAGUCAAAGUGAAAGCAUUCCUAAUGUCCCUCAGAGGGAGCUGAUGAACCCACAGCAACUAGUAGAUGAGAAGUUGGAUACCAGGCUUACAGGAAGUAUUUCCACAGUUGCUGAGACUCAAAGCACAAAAGAAAUUCCUACCUGUGUUAAUGUUUGA